GUGUAGGUCAGCCUGGGACUUUAUUUACCUCCUCACAGUCGGCUAAACUAGAGCAGUGUGGCCAGCUUUAUCUUCAAGAAAGUCAGAUAAGUUUUUUCACCUCUGUUUUUAAACAGGAGAGAUGAAACACAGCCAUUGCGUCCCAGCUUUUGUCAGCAAACUUUGGACACUUGUAGAGGCUCCGUCAACGAACGACCUGAUCUGCUGGAGCCAAGAUGGCCGCAGUUUUCUUGUCCAGGAUGAGCAGCGGUUCAGCAAGGAAGUCCUGCCUCUUUACUUCAAACAUAGCAACAUGACCAGCUUUGUGCGCCAGCUCAACAUGUAUGGCUUCCACAAAGUGGUACAUAUGGAUUCUGGCUUGUCUAAAGCUGACAGCCAGGUUAAUUGUGUCGAGUUUCAGCACGAGAACUUCCAAAGAGCUCAACCUCAUCUGUUGGGCCUCAUCCGCAGGAAGGUUUCAGUUAGCCGUGGAGUUGAAGAGGGAGGCCAGGUGUCUCAGGUACUCAUUCAGGUUAGUCACGUCAGAGGCUGGCAAGACUCCUCAGACCUCAAACUCAUGGCUUUGUGCAGGGAUAAUGAGAGCUUGUGGAGAGAACUGGACUCAUUAAGACAGAACUAUCAGCAGCAGCACAAAAUCAUACGUAAGAUUAUAAAGUUCAUCAUCAACAUCGUCCAGUCAAAUGGGAUAAAAGGUCGCAAAAGAAGACUCCCUAUGAUCAACAACUCUGGGGAGUUUCAGUCUGCGCCGAAAUAUGCCCGCUCCUUCAGUGUGAAUCCCACCCUUACCACUUCCUCCCUCCAAGAGAUCCCUUCGUUGCAAGAGCUGGAUGUGUCACCGGCUGAUGUGUACUCAAAUGGCAUGAUCAUCUCUGACUUCACUCACCUGCUGGAUCCCACACCUGAGCCCAUCAGAGAGCCAGUGACAGACUGCUUUCCCGAAAGUCAAACUACAUUUUUACCUCCUGCCUCCCCUACUCAGCCCUCCAUGGAGCUGGCGUUGAAUUUGCUAGAUGACCCAGCUGCCCAGGAGUCUGAGGAAAUACCCUCUGAAAGUAAUGAUGUGUCUGAUCCACUGGCACUCAUUGAAUCCAGUUUAGCCGUGAUCUCCUCAUGCGUUCCACCUUCACCAGACCUGGACACUUUCAGCAAGAUUCUUAGUCCGGGCCGCCACAUCUCUGCUGUUAACGACUUUGACACAAAAAGCGAGAGCGAACAGAGAAGCCAGAAUGAAGCCGAUGCGCUACUUCACGCCGACACAGUUCCACAGCGGCAGAGCCUGCAACAGAAUGCAGACCAAGAGCAGGAGUGCUACGAUAGUGGAGAGUAUUCGGAUAUCUUACCAUCCCUUCUGCAGCUGGCGCAGGAAGCAUCCACCCUCUCCUUCAGUAACACUACACUGCCUUUAGAGCUCUCUUUUGUCAUUUAAAACUCUAAUGCAUUUGAUAUUGUGCUGUGGUGGUUGAUAGUAUAAAAGUGGUAUCUGAAACUAAUUAAAGGCUGUUUAAUGAAAGGCUCAGUAUCAUAAUGCGGCAAUUUGAUAUGUCAAUUGUAAAUGUAAAUCAUGUACAUUUUCUGUAGUGAUUUUAUCCAUCAGUGAACUCGAACCUCUCUUGUUGACUCAAGAGUGAUUUCACAACAGACUUUUAGUCUAUAACCACAAUUAACCAUGUAGUGUGAAGCAAUAGACCAAAAUUCCAGAUAGCACUUUGAAUCAUCUUUCAGAUUUUUUUUUAAAUUCAGUAAAUGACAGAAAAUGUUCCAUUAAUGCAACCUCUGCAGUGGGUGAAAGUCUGAUCAUGUUUGCGGACGUGAAUCAUGGCACUAACAAAGGAGAUCUCGGAGGACCUUAAAAAAAGAGUUUAUGUUGCUCAUUAGGCUAGAAAAAGGUCUUAAAAGAGACCAUCUCUAAAGAGUUUGGACUCGGAUCGUAAAUGGAGAUGACCUCUGUUACCCUCCCCAGAAGCAGUGGACCAACAAAGAUCACUCAAAAUGCAAGACUUGUAACAGACUGUGAGGUUGCAAAUUAACCCAGUGUAACUUCUAAGCAACUAAAGGCCUUUCUCACAUUGGCUAAUGUAAAUUUUUCUCCUGAGUCCAUCAUCAGGA